AUGGCCAACAUCCACAACAAUAUGGGCCAUCUGGCUUGGGUGGGUCUGGCUUUGGUGGAAGAGGACAUGGUGGCCACCCUCAAUAUCGAGGAUACGCUCAUCCACAUGACUUUGGUGGGUACUACGGACAAGGCCACAAAGGCUUGCCUGGUUAUGGCCUUCAGAGGUUGGCACAUGGGCCUUUGGAAGGUGGUGAUGACUCAGACCGAUUCUCAGAAGCAUGCUUUAUUCCUGGCAGAGUAUGUCAAGGACUUAGACUUAGCAGUUUCUGGAGGUCUUUAUUGUCCUCCACUGAUUCCUGCCAGAAUACGGCGGAAUCCGGGGAAUUCCUGGAAUUCCGGAGGAAUCAAAUUUGGCAGAGGGCCCUGCCAAAUUGAUCAAACAAUUCCGCGGAAUUUUGAAUGGAAUUCAAAUUCCGCCGGAAUGAUUCCGGUGAUCACCCGGAAGGAAUGCUCACGGAACGAGACCGGAAUGGAAUUCCUGAUGCCCAAAUCAACAAACAACGCCAUCUCUUUCAACCACCACCACCAUCACCGACGCCUACACACCACGUCGCCAACGUCCACCACCACGCACACCAGCCACGAUGAGACAAUGACGACGGCCACGAUAUGGGAGAUGACGCCUUGA